AAAAAAAAAAAAAAAAAACAAAAAGAGAAAAAAUCGAGGGAGAAAAACCACCUCCUGCGCGUUAGUAUUCCUUCUCUUGACCGGUCAUGGGUUGACGGACAGGAUGAUGUAGGUUUUCGUCCUUUGUUUUGGUAAUUGGCCAUAAUCGCGAGUGUUCGAAGGCCGCUCUUUCCUUCGAACUGGAACUGGAACGGAACCUGAAUAAUUGAAUAAUGUAUCUGAACUCGGGAAAUGCCAAGGCAACUUACCUUCAACCAGUGGUUCUUUGUAUGUAUCUAUCCCCUCCCUCCUUUCAAGCAGUAGAAGACCACAAGCAAUGGUCAACGUCCUCAAGCUGUCACCCCUCCCGCCCUGACCGUGGCUCCCUGCCGUCGACCAACCGGCGAAACCCUUUGUCGGUCGUAGUCCCUUUUCAUCAUAUUGUCCCUCCCCUCAUGCCGGACACUUUCCCCUUAACUCAAAACCUGGUGCCCGCAGGGAAGUUUUACUCGGCUGAGCUUUCCGAAGGCCUAUCGACGCAAUCGGAUUUGUCAAUCUCCGUGGCUGAACCUAAAGUUUAUGUAUACAGAUACGUCAGUUCACAUGCGGUGAGUCCAAAACCGGGUUUCCGGUUUUUGGCAAAGGUCCCAGGGGCUUUGCAUGCUGUUGUUUGGUCUCUCCUGCGACCUAAAGGACUCGCUCGCCGCUUUGUAAAGUUAUGAUGGAUGGGAAGUCGGAUCUUGAUUAAGAGUUGUGUCACAAUGUCAGUUCUUCUCUCGUUCUUCUUUU